AUGAAAGAAGUUCAAAAUAGUUAUGCUACAAAACUUGGGGGUGAUCCAUCUGUAUCGGAUAUGAAUGAAUGGGCCAAAACUGUACCAUCAAAUUCUGUCAUAACUAAAUUUAGCAUAAGAGAAAUAUUUGAUUUAUUAACCAAAUAUCGUUUCCCUAAUGAUUCACAAAUACAGAAUAAAUCAACGUUAAUUGAAAAAUUACUAAAGAAAUAUAUUCAACAACCAUCGUACUGUUAUAUUAAUUGUACAAGUACAUUACAUGGUACAUGUGAAUCGUCAGGCUAUUUUCAAUUUGGUAUAUCUGUUACAUCAAAAAAUAGUUCAAGCAUUGCUGGAACUCUAUGUGGUCUUUAUAAUUUUGGAGGUAAAGAAUUUGUCGAUAUUUUAUGUAAUUAUACGUCAGAUGGUAAAUGUCCUGAUUACUCUAGUUCAGGCUAUUCGCCAGUAUACUCUUUGUCGUAUGUUAAUGGAUUUUUACAAUCGUCAAAUGGCUUCUGUAUGAAAUCGAUUUCAAGUUACCCAGAUUUACCAGGCACAUUACGUGGCAUACAAUGGGCACAAACAACUGAUGAGCCUGCAUGUGAUGGUUAUAAUCGUGGACUCUCUCAUUGUCCAUCUGGAUAUGCAGUUCAAUCAUGGAUGUUAGAGCCAGCUAAACAUUUUCAUUUGUGUGCAAAACUAUAA